UUUCUGUUUUUAUUUUACCGUUUUUUAGGGUCAAAGAUGCCAUUUGUUGUGGCGAACAUAAACAGCGACACGAAACACUGAUUUUAUUUGCUUCUUUAUCUUUCCUGGUUAGCUUGAAUUUCGACUUGAAACAAACGUGAUUAUUUGCUUUCGUUAGUUUCGAGUAGGAUCUUGCGUUACUGCCAUCAAAUAAUUUCAACAAUUACUGAUAAAGUUUUGAAAAGCUUGAGUGACAAGCUUAAAUGACAGUUCUUGAUAGUGUCGUGAUACAUCUAUUUUUAAAUAAAUCAAUAUCUUAUGUUUGCGAAUAUCGCGUGCUGUGUUAGACUGUUCAUAAUCGUAUUCUAUCUUUUUUCUUACACUCACGUUACUUCAAACAAUCUGUUAAACAAAUUAAUUGUUUAAGAUGAGAAAAAAUAUGAAUAUAAGAUAAGUAAUUGUAAUUGAGUAUUAAUGAUCAUGAUGAAUAAAAAUAAGGCGCGGUUGAACACCAGGUAAGUUUGCACACACCCCACAACCAUCUUUGGCCCUAGGUGUUAGCAAUUUGCGGAAACGGCCUUUGUGUAGCGUUCAGGACGCGUACUUCAGACAAUUUCAUCAUUUGUUACUUAACAAAGUAUUUAUUAAUUACGGUUGUUUGAUACAGAACGUAAAUUGCUAGGCACCUCGUUAUUUUUACGUGUCGUAGCAUGUACAUGGAGUGCAUUUCGACGAGAAAUAAAAUAAAAAGCGCUUAAAUGUUCCGCAUAAAUGAUACAUUUUCAUAGAGUCGCACAUGUAUCUAGUAAGUUUUUGCGUUUAAGUCGAAAUGAAUUCGAUGUUAGAUAUUAUUUAUAUAUGUGCAAUAAAAACAGGCAGAGAGAUCUCUCUGGAUUAUCGGUACACGUGGUGUGAGAAAAUAUCAACGUUAUCAAUUUGCUGCUUGACAAUUGAGUUACGUGCGAAGGCCAGCCUGAUCUCUCUGUUCGCUCAGAAAACAAAUGUUUACAUGUUGUCGAUAUUUAAUAUUCCCACGCUUACGUGAUGGCACUAAAUGCCGCACAUUGACCGAUAUUCGGCCGAUUAUAAAAUCACAGACGAUAAAUAUUCCAAUUGAUGAUGCAACGAAACAAACUAUCGAUUCUCGUUUAUAUCUUCGUGCUUUCCGAUGCCUGCGCUUUACGAUAUUGCCAGGACUCUGUAUUACAACACUAGUGUUACGAGUAAAUCGUAGGGAUUACCAUUUUACUCGACAAGUACGAGUAUAUAUAUAUAUAUAUAUAUAUAUAUAUAUUCCCGCGAAAUCGUUAGUAGAUCACAUUAGCGAUUAUCGUACGACGAAAUAGCGCGCGCAAUGGUGCAUUGUAACUGAGAAGAGAAUUGGUCAAGAAUUGACCACGUUUGAAGAAGAUCAUGGAUCACGUUUCCUCCAAUUCGAAGAUUCUACGAGACGAAAGAAUCGUCCGUUAAGAAACUGCUGAAUCAAGAGUUUUUUAACAUUAUAAACACGAAGGCGAGUAUUAUUUCUUCGUUUUUAUUUUACGCUAUACUUCAUUCAUGGAUUUCUUAUUACGUGCAAGUGUUACGCACUUGUAUCAAUAAUCUCGUGAUAUGUGAUGAGAUUUGUAUCGCUUUUUGCGAUAUUUUUAAUCGAUACCAUUUUGGUAUCAAACAACGUUUUUCCGCGUAUCCCAACGCAGUGCUGAUAUGCUUUUUUUAUCAUGCACAUAAUUUGGGAUGCGCGUAAUCAAUUCGCGUGUUUUCACAAAAGUGCAGAAAAAAUCGUAGCACUUGUGUGAGGAAUAACUAUUCUUUUGUUUAACGAAUUUUAACCAGGCUUGCACUACAUGCGCCGGUUUAUACAUUGGAAACGAAAGUUUACGCGGAAUUAUUUUAUUAAAUAUUGAUUCCACCGUGGUUGUAGCGUUUGUUAUGUUAUGUGAGAUACUUGGUUUCACAUUCUGAGAAUAUAUAGUAUGGAUUUUUUAACAUUUGUUAUGGGAAAGAUUGCGCGCUAUUCAGUAUGGUGAAUAUUUGAUGUAUAAAAGUUUGAUAUAGCAUAGCACUUUUUGUGCUCUUGCUUUACAUCAAGCUUUCGUAGAUUGUCACUUUUAAUACUGAAUAUGUUUAACUUUUUUCUUUAGUUUUUAACUGUGCAGCAUUAAACUGCAUUUUUAUUGUAUUCCAUAAUACUUUUUUUGUGCUGUGUUAUAUAUAGUGUUGAUUGUAUGUACACGUGAGAAAUCAUGUUCCGUUUAAUGCUGGGCGAGUGAGAAGAAGAUGCAUCAUCGUAACGGAUUGUUAUAAAGGUGAGACUUUCCUCUAAUUAAUUUAAUUUGCGUUUUAACUUUUUCCAUUUCAGUAAAUAGAGUGAUUUUUGAGUAAAAAUUGCUUUUCUCGAGCUCUUUUUGCCAAGUUUUACGGCUUGAUAUUUACUUUUUCCUUCGGUUGUUUUGUUAGGAAACAUUUAAUAUACAGUUUUAUAUACUUCUCUAAUGAUUUAUAUUUCAAAUGCGGUAUUAACUAUACUAAUAUAAAGAAUAUAAAGAUAAUGAGAGAAUAGGUCUACAAGUAUUUCUCUACAUCAUCCAUCUAAAUAGCGUUUAAAAAACUAUUAUGUAAGAUUUAUGAAUUCGGAAAGCUUGAUGAAUAUUAUUAUAGAGGAUGUUAUAAUAUGAAUUUUUAAAGCUUGACCUGACGAUUUGAUCACGACGACUCUCGAGAUUUGCACGUACGCUCUUGUAACACGUUAUUAUCGUUGCGUCUCGAAAGAUGCCAGCAAUGCCCAAGCACUUUGCACUGACCACCUUGCAGCACUGACACAAGCAUAAAGUCUUUUUCUAUCUAUCUAUCUCUACCUCUAUCUCUCUUUCUCUUUCGUAUCACCGCCUGUAUGCAAGACGUAUUGUAAUGUUCACGAAAAGCAGAAUCAAAAAAGACAAGCUGUGUGUGCCCACGGGUCGUUCUCCGUUGCAAUGUCCUUGGGUUUUGUCGAUUUCAGGGAAGGAGGCGAGACCUUCGGCGGAUUGUCGGGAAUGCUGCGUCAAAUACUUUCGCCUUCGCCCGAGACCGGGGAGGCCAGCAUGUCCGUCAAUUGUAAUCUCCUACAGACCAACUCGAUAUACUCGAAUCAGUCGUCAAUGUUAUCGACGUUACUCCCCCCGCACUUUCAGACCGUGUGCCCGGACCAGGGCCUGCUUGACCAGAUGCAGAUUCUUACCGAGUCCUAUCCAUGUCCCACAUGCGGGCUCGAGUUUCGGAGCGCGCUCAAGCUAAACUAUCACAUGCGUACGAGUCAUACCGCGCGUCCAGAAUACGAGCAUAAUAUCGAGAAUCAGCCGAGGUACUCGUGCGCCGUCUGCUCGCGGUCCUUCGUCAGCCUGAGCCAUCUGAGAAUGCACGAGGUCACGCAUACCGCGUCCCCGGUGGCUGCAUGCGCCUCGACGUCCGCCAAUCUGGCGUCGUCCGGUAACAUGGAGAAGACGUUCGCCUGCGAUCUCUGCCAGGCGAGUUUCCGGUAUCGCACGCUGCUGGAACGCCACCGCAGGAUGCACCAGGAGAUCGGCCAGGAGAAACCGUACUCCUGUCCGCGAUGCAUGAUGCGUUUCGAGACGCGCAAUCUGUACAAUCAUCAUGCGAAAACGCAUAGACCGCCGAUGCCGGUGGGUAACGACAGCAGAAUCGUCGGUGCGAACACGGUGUCACAGAUCGAUCCAGCCACCAGCAAUAUCGGCGGCCCCGUGAUCCCUGCAAAGUCCAUGACCUAUCCCUGCGACUCGUGCUCCAAACAGUUCACCACACCCGAGUCGUUGACCACGCAUAAAGCGGUACACAGAUCGAGGCCGCUGGUGUGCGAUGUGUGCGGCAAAGGUUUCACGCAUCGCAAGUAUUACGUGGUGCAUCAGCGCAUCCACACCGGCGAGAGGCCGUAUCUCUGCGCCAUGUGCGGCAAAUCGUUCACGCAGGCAUCGACGUUGACGGUACAUCGCCGGUAUCAUACAGGAGAGCGGCCGUACACUUGCACGUUGUGCGGAAAGGGAUUUGUCACGCGUACGAUUAUGCUUAAUCACAUGAAGAAGCACUAAGACGUUGGUUGAUUGAUAAACGAGGCGGCUUUACCGCACGCGAUUCGAUUCGAGGCGCAAUUUUCUGGUGAAAGUUUUAUAAAGCGCGAUAUUGAGAACUUGCUUAAUCUCUGAUUUCAAUCUUACGUCAACACUCUAGGAAAAAUAAUACUGAGAAAUCUAAAAAAAAUCUAUGUCGAUUACUUUUGAUGAUUUUGGUAAUUAAUAGAAGGAUUCUUUGACAAAAAGGAAAAGUCUAUAAAAGGUAAAAUUAAAAAAAUCGAUUCUGGAGCUUAAAUACGUCUCUAUAUGGAAAUUAAAAGCAUUUCUAUUUAGAAUGUGCUCUCGUGGGAAUUGUAGUGGGUGUUGAUGUCCAAGUGCCUAAAAUGAUUCAAGUUACUAUCAUGAAAUGAUAAAUAAGCGCGCAUGAAUAUAAUAUAAUACGAGCAAUUUAAAUAUAAGUUAAUUUUCUAUGAACACGUUUAUGAUAAAUUUCAUAUAGUUUCGGAUAAAAUAUAUUUAACGAAAUCACGACAAAAAUAAGCUAACAAUUUUAUUCUAUAAUCAUAAAUGUUGUCAUCACUGUGAUAUUGUUUAUAUAUUAUAUAAAAUAUUUAAUAAUAGAAUAAUGUUAAUAUUUUAUUAAGUAUGACACGAAAAAACUUAUCUUUCUAAAUGAAAACUGAUACGUGUAAUUCAGUUUCUGAUAAGUAAAAUUAGUACCUGUGCCCAAUAAUGAAAUGAAAAGUGCCUAAAAUAAACGUAUCUCAUUUCUUUUAUUUGAUGAGAAAUAAACUAAAUAAAAUUAAAAUUGAAAUAUUAACAUAAUCUAACUUGAGGGAAAUCAUUAUUUUUAUACUUCAUAUAAAAAAUAAAAUUUUCCGAUUACGUUAGUUUAAAUUGUUGAUGAAUUAUUAAUGUAUAAAAUUCACCGCGUCAUUUUCAAAACAAAACUGAAUUCUGGUGCCUUUAAUUAACAUGUUACGAAAGACAGGGUAAUGUUAAUUACAUAAAUGUAAAAUGUAAGUAUCAAGACGCUUAAUUAUUUAUACAUAGAUCUAGUCAUAGAAAUUAUGCGCGAUUAAAUAAUGGAAUUACAGAUAAAGAGCAAUAUUCAAUGACUUUGCAAAUGUUUUCGAUAAAUUUAUUACUUUAUAUAUUCUUGUAGUUUUUCGUCAAUGCAACAUCAUCGUAAGUUUAUUUUAAAAAAAAUUGUGUUUGAUUAUUAGAGAAUAUCUAUUAUAAUAGAUCAAAUAUAUAUUCUCGAAAUUAUUUAUUGCUGCAUUACGAAAUUUAAUGUAUUACCGAAAAUCUAAGACUGUUUAUACAUAUAUCAAUCUUUUAAUUUUAGAUACUUAAAUUUACAAUCUGCAGGAUGUUUUAAACCUUUCGUUAUAUUUAUUAAUGAUAAAUUCUGAAGCAUAUUCGGGGAAAAAAAUUUUAUUAUCGAAAUAUUGUAACUAUAGAUUCGAAGUAAAAGAUUUUCAGCUUUGAAUUUGUAACAUUAGGAGUUUUUGCAUCUUAAAGUUCUUGAAAAUUCGCUAUUAUUGACAGAUGGAAGAUCUGGGAAUAUUCUGCAUAUUUAAUAAUUACUCGACAAUUACAUGUAUAUAACGCAAUAACUAAAAUAACAUAAUGAUAAAAAUUAUUGAGACAUAAAAAUUACAAUUAAUAAUAGAAAUAUAUUUAAAGUUUUUAUUUUGUGUACUGUUAAUAGCAAGAAUAACAGUUCUACAUUAAAUUUAUAAAUGUAUUGUUUAUUUGCUUUCCUAUUUGAAUGAUUUGAGGAGAGAAAUUGUAAGAAAGUUUUGUGAAGUUACAUUUAUCAAUGUUUUUAAUAUUUGAAAAUUUAAUUUGUACUUGAAAUACUUCAUUCUUAAUGACAAUUAUUCUGUUUCUUUAUAUAUUGUCUUCGUAAGGAUUUAGAUAAGAUUUCUGUUGAUAAGAAUUAUGUCUCGAUAACAUUUGCACUUAGCUGCAAUGAUUAAUCAGUCACCCAAGCUUAAUAUUUUUCAACAAUAUAUAAUAAAGAUUUUAGAAAUAUAAAGUUAAAUUAUAAUAAGAAAACUAUAUAUAGUGCAUAAGUAUGAAAUGCUAAAAAUUUGUUGGAGUUAUUUUGGGAAAUUAAUAAGUUUUAAUUACAAGACAUAUAUGGAUACGGAAAAUUUAAUGAAUAUUUCCACGUAAAUCCUGCAAUAUGUACUAAAAAUUUAUUCUUAAAUCCACACACACGAAACAUAUUUUUAUUGCUCAUUGCAGGCUUUACUCAAAUAUUUGAAUUUUCUUAGAAAAAGAAUAUUAAGAUCCCAUAGAUUUAUUAUAUGCUCACAAUAUAUUUAUCAUUUUUAUUUUAUGAACUUGCAAUUUAAUCAUAAGAAAUCAUAAAAAGCGUAAAUGGAAAAAUAUAUGAAACUAUAUAUUUCUAUGAUCGUUAUAUGAAAUCAUAAUAAUAAUCUUAAAUCAUAUUUUUAUUCAUAGAUGCUGUAAGCUAAAAAGUCUAGAUUGUUCAAUAUCAUGCAAAUAAUAAAAAAUCGAAAAUUAAUAUCAGAUUAUGAAAAAUUGCUGUCAAAUUACAAUAUUACAACAUUCUUUAUUUAAAAGAUAUAUAACGUUUGAAACGAUUAUGACAUUACUAGAAAUAUCUUCUAUCAAAUAUCUGAAAAUUCGAAUUUCAGAGAACCAAUGGUUCAUUUUAUGAUUUAUACGAUACGAUAUCUUGUACAUACUAUAAGCAAUAAGUAGUAAAAUAAUGCGCGCUUAAGAAAUAUUAAAGUAUGAAUAUUAAUACGAAUUAAUAUAUUUAAGGUGUUCGCAUUUUAUCAAUUAUUGCAAUAUAGACACAAUAAAUAUGAAGCUAUUAAAUUUAACUGAGUUUAGAACAUAAGUAGUUGUGUUUUGUAGUUAUGAAUCGUGCUAUGAGUUUACAAACUAUGAUUAGUACAAUAUUUAAUAAAGAAGACGACGGUGUUUGUGCUUUAUGCAAAUAAGCAUUGUCUAAGCAUAUAAGACACCAAUAAGAGAGAAUGAAGAGAGAGAAAAGGUGGCUACAUAAUAAAGAAAAUACUGGAAAAUCAC